AAAGAUAAAAAGGGAAAUAAAUGAAAAGAAAAACAAAAGACAGAUGAAAAUAUAUGUGUGUGUGUGCCUGCAUGACACCGAAUCAUUGAGGAAACACUGCAGCUAGCUAGCAUCUCAUUUUCUUUAAAUAAAAUUAAAAUUUCAUUUUAAUUAAUACAAGGAGAUGUAUAUGUAAGCAGUAGAGGGAAAAAAGCAUCAAAUAUCAAUGGGGGGUCUCUAUUCCCUUUUCAUUUCUCUCUCUAGCGCUCUCUCUCUCUCUUCUCUUUCUUUCUUGCCUUGAUUUCAGCUUCUUUUUCAGAUAUUCAACUUUUCAGAUUUCCUCACUCAUCAACUCAUAAAUACCCCCAGCCAACUCAACUCAAAUCCCCCUUUUUUCAGCUUCAGAUAAGGUUUCGGAAGAGAAAGAGAGAGAAAGCUUGAGAAUUGCAUGUGGGAUUGCUGAUAUCUGGAUUACUUUGAGAUUGUUCUUUUGCGAAGAAACAAGAAGGAAAGGUCAGAGAAACGGUGUCGUUUUGAAAGAUGGCAGCAUCUUCUUCUUCAUCGGCGGCGGCUUUCUUUGGAGUGAGAGAAGAAGAUCAGAUUCAGAUGAUGAGACAACAACAACAACAGCAUUCCUCGUCAGCACCGCCACCACCGCCUUCUUCAUCAGCUCCUCCCCAGAAGAAGAGAAGAAAUCAACCCGGAACUCCAAAUCCAGACGCAGAGAUAAUCGCACUAUCUCCCAAAACCCUAAUGGCAACAAACAGGUUCAUUUGUGAGGUAUGCAACAAAGGGUUCCAAAGGGAGCAAAACCUCCAGCUCCACAGAAGAGGACACAAUUUGCCUUGGAAGCUAAAGCAAAAGACUACAAAAGAGGUGAAGAGGAAGGUCUAUCUGUGUCCCGAGCCUACUUGCGUCCACCACGACCCCUCCCGCGCCCUCGGUGAUCUCACCGGAAUCAAGAAGCAUUACUCCAGAAAACAUGGUGAGAAGAAGUACAAGUGUGAGAAGUGUUCAAAGAAGUAUGCUGUUCAAUCUGAUUGGAAAGCUCACACCAAGACUUGUGGUACUAGGGAGUAUAGAUGUGACUGUGGUACUCUUUUCUCGAGGCGUGACAGUUUCAUUACUCACCGAGCUUUCUGUGACGCCCUAGCUCAAGAGAGUGCCAGGCAUCCACCCUCCUUGAGUGCCAUUGGAAGCCAUUUAUAUGGAACUACCAACAACAUGAGCUUAGGCUUAUCUCCAUUAGGGCACCAAAUUUCCUCACUCCAAGACCCUAACCACCCCUCCACCGAUAUAUUACGCCUAGGCGGUGCCAGACCCGGACCAUCACAGUUCGAUAAUCUCAUCCCACAAAAUCUUGGUUCCACAUUCCGACCUCCCACAAAUCCCCUCCCCUCUUCUGCUUUCUUCAUGACCGAGCCAAACCAAGAUUUUCACGACCAAGCAGACGGUCAGAACCAACAUGGACUAAUCUCAAACAAGCCGUUUCAUGGGCUAAUGCAGCUUUCUGAUCUUCAAAACAAUCCGAAUCUACCAGUUUCUUCGGGCUUCCUAUUUCCAAAUCAAUUCAACAAUGGAAAUUCUAGUGGUGGGAGUGGAAAUGAAGGGUCAAGUCUUUUCUCCGGAAACCCAAUGGGAAACCAAAUCACUUCGAACAUCCCUUCUCUCUAUAGCUCGGCGGUCCAAAAUAACAACUUCCCCUCUCAUAUGUCUGCAACCGCACUUCUCCAAAAGGCCGCUCAAAUGGGGUCAACGACGAGCAAUUCAAGUGCUUCUCUUCUGAAAAAUUUCGGAAGCGCUUCCUCUAGCGGGAACAAGUCCGAUCACAGGCCUCCUCCAAACAUCUCAUCAAACUUCGGGGGCGUCUUCGGCGAGAACAACGAAAACAAUCUCCAUGAUCUGAUGAACUCACUUGCUGGUGGUGGGGGCUCGAACAUAUUUGGAGGGGUGAAUAACGCAUUUGGUGGUAGUGAACAGGAGAGUAGUUACGGUGGGUAUAAUGCAAAUAGAACAAGUAUGGAGCAAGCCCAAACACAGCCUAAAUUCUCUGAUAGCUUGACUAGGGAUUUUCUUGGGGUAGGAGAGAUAGUGAGAAGCAUGAGUAGUAGUGGGGGUGGCGGAGGUGGUGGUGGUGGGUUUGAUAUGAGCUCAUUGGAUUCAGAGAGAAAGGCUGCGCCGCCGAAAAGCCAAGCUUUUGGAGAGGGAAACUUUCAGUGAAAUGAAAGAAAGGAGAUUUGAGGGGAAAAAAGGUGUGUGCAAGUACAGUACAAAAACUUCAUGUUAACUGUCCUGCAGGAAAGUCGGAACAUGAAUUAGGAGACCAUUUCCAAUUGAGCCAUCUUCGAUCUCUUACAAGUGUGUAUCGACUGUGGAAUCGCCAACGAGAGGCAGCUAGAUUUUCUUGUAAUGAACUCGAAAAACUCUAGUAGACAAUCUGCUUUUAUGUUUCGUUUUUUGGAGUAGUGUUGUUAAUUUUCUCUAAAUUGUUGAGAAAAUAGAACAAGACAGGAAUUUUCAAUGUUGUUCCUUAGAUUCACAUA